AUGGGGCUCAUGAAAAAGCCCAAUAGAGUGCAAACAGAAUUGGAUAAGUCGGUUCUCGAAAUCACCGGUCGAACCGGAGAGACACUGCCAAUGCUUAACCGCAGAUUGGCGAUGAGCUUGACAAGGUGUUUGAUGUUGAGGAAGUUGGACACUCAUGUGACUUGUGGCAGAGAGAUCUAG